AUGGAGAAAGAGGAGUCAGACGCUCGUCCCACAACGGGGGGCGUGAGUUGGCGCGACAACAAUGACGGGCUGCCAGUAGUUGAUCCCGAGAAAGAAAUUCUGGCAGAACAGGAGCGCGCAGAACAACCAGAUUCCAGCGAUACUCCAGACAGCGGUACAACCCUGGAACAUCCCAGCGUUGGAUUGGAAGAAAAACCCGACUUAGAGCUGCCACCCGCCGCCGACAGCGAUACGCCGGCCAGGCCGACGCGACCUGAACUUCACGACAGAGCUACUACAUAUGCUUCAUCCUCUCGCACUCUCCCGCGCCUGAAGCGCAAAGAGACGAGGAUGAUGCAAAAGGAGGCGCACCCGAUGCAGCACUUGGGCAUCACGCUUGGGCUGCCGGCAAUUUUGAUCUUCGAUAUCGUCGUCCCUUGCAUCAUCUACUAUACAUGGUACAACUCACACAAACACCGGUGGGAGCGGGAAUGCCGCGAGCAGUUCAACAGCACGCCGGGAGAGUGUCCGCUUCCAAAACCAGAAUAUGACGAAAACAUUUUGGGAUACGCCAUUAUUUCCUUCGGUGUCGGUGAACUUUGGAUCUUGAUUGCACGGGUUUACAGGUUGUUUGUCCACACUGCAGAUUGCGCACCUCUAUUGUCGAGGAGUAAAUGGGAGCUGGAUGCUACGUCGUGGGUGUAUGGGGUCGCCAUGAUCCUGGCCCUGAUCCCCUUCGUGGUCGGCAGCUCUUUGGUUCUGCCCCAUCUCUAUCUCUACUCUCCGACCUUCAUCAUGGGAUUUCUGGGCAUCUUGAUGCUCCUCACCGAGAUCCUCCCCAUCAAUAUCCCCAUUGGGAUCAACUCGCAGCCUCGAGGUACCAAGCUGCGUCCGUUCAUUUACUAUGCCGCCGAAGAUUUCAUUGCCGUCGACGGCCUCCAGGACCGGGAGUUCCGCGUCCGCUAUAACGACCGAUACGAGAACAACAAAGCCUUUCGCAACCUGUUUCGCUACCUGACGUGGUGGUGGUUACUGGGCGUGUGCACGUACAUCGGCUGCGUGUCCGCCGUCAUCUGGACCCUGGAGUUCCACUACGCCUUUGGACUUUCGUUGGGUGUUCUUUUUGCAUACAUCGCCAUUUGGGCAGCUGUAUCUUAUGUGUGGGUUAGGAUUGAGAUUGAAAGGGAGCACAAAGCCUUUGAGGAGGGCAAGUGCGAGGCCUAG